AUGAAUUGUGGUAAUUGGAUGCUGAAACACGCCCCCACCUCUGUUUCCUGGAGCACUCUCACCUCGCCACCCAUCACACUCAGCAAUGAUGGUAUUGAAUGUCUUCAGGUCAUGGAUGUUCCACUGCCACUGGAUAAAUUGGCUUUAAAUUUGAUUAAUAAUGAACCCGCUCCUGGAAACACGAGAAACAGCAAGAUAUACGUAAUUCUGGUGGCAACUGGAAGCUUUAAUCCACCUACUUUCAUGCAUUUACGAAUGUUCGAGCUUGCAAGAGAUUCAUUGAAUUCAAAUGGCUAUUGCGUAAUUGGAGGUUACUUGUCUCCGGUGAAUGAUGAAUACAAGAAAAAGGGCCUAAUAUCUGCUAAACAUCGAAUACAAUUAUGUCAAUUAGCCUGCAAAAGUUCAGAUUUUGUAAUGGUUGAUCAAUGGGAGGCAAGUCAGAGCACAUAUCAACGCACUUUAACUGUUCUCUCCAGAGUCUACAAUUCUGUUUGUGAGACAGGGUUGGUAUCUAGAGAAUCCCUCAAGGUCAUGCUUCUCUGUGGUUCUGAUCUCCUUCAUUCUUUUGGCAUUCCUGGAUUCUGGAUUCCUGACCAGGUUAAAUCUAUAUGCAAAGAUUAUGGGGUAGUCUGCAUUAGCAGAGAAGGACAAGACGUUGAGAAGACUAUAUUUGAAAAUGAAAUUCUGAAUAAAUAUCAGGAUAAUAUCAAAGUUGUGGAUGAACUUGUACCAAAUCAAAUAAGCUCAACCAGAGUAAGGGAUUGCAUUGCAAGAGGAGUAUCUAUAAAAUACCUUACAGCGGAUGAAGUGAUUGAUUAUAUCAGAGAGCAAAAGUUAUACUUGAACUUAAAUGAUAAGUAA